AUGUCACUUAGUCACCUCACUCUCAAUGAGUACUAUGAGAUACAAUGUAAUGAGCUAGAGGCUCUCAAAUCCAUUUAUAUGGAUGAUUUUACAGAUCUAACCAAAAAAAAAUCCAGUUGGGAUAAACAACCCCAAAUUAUAUUUGAAAUAUCAUUAAAAUCGGUCGAGACAGAACCUGCUCAAUCAUCCUUAACUUUACAUUUUGAACUUACUCCCAUGUAUCCCCAUACAAAACCUGAUAUAAUAUUUAAAAAUGUAAAUAAUAUUAUGGAUAGCCAGUUGCAAUCUUUGAAAAGGGAAUAUUCUCAAAUACAUAAGGAUUCAAGAGGUCAGGAGUUCAUUUUUGAUAUCGCCUCUUUAACCCAAGAGAAACUUGAUGUGUUUCAAGGUAUGGUAAAUAAUCAGUCACUGGAAGAAGACCGAUUACAAAGAAUACAAGAAUCAAAUGCCCAGAUGGAGAAAGACGAGAAAGAACGUGAAGAACAAGUAGAAAAAUUGAAAGUAAGAGAACAAGAAAGGAUCGAUAAGAUCGUUCAAAAAGAAUUAGAGAAAAGACAAGAUGAUGAUGAUCAGUUAUUCAAUCCAACUAAUCAAAUGAAUUUAUUACCACCGUCAGAAUGGGUAUCAUCGGGAGAAGCAAUAAUAUUUCCAAAGGUUAUAAAGGCCAAGUUACCAAAUAACUCCUUACUCAAAUUUAGAGCUGUUGUUAACCCUCAACCAACGAAGUUAUUAUCGGAUCCAUUGAAUUUUGCCAAUCAAUUUUUGGUAAAACCGUAUAUAGCCCCUGAUUCCCCAUUAGCAAACUCCUUAAUGUCUUCAGAAAUGAUGGAGAAUUUCUAUUUUUUACUUACUGAAGUUCAAUUAGAUAAUCCAUACUUUAAUACGAGUAAUGGUAAGAAAGAAAUAUCUACCCUCGAGAAGACUCUAGAACUACUUUUGAAAGUGAAACAUGACAACAUACAACGGUUAUAUUCUUACUCCGUAGAAAGGUUAGGCCGAAAUAAUGCCUCUUUUGUUUGGAAAAUUAGACUACUAACGGAACAUUCUGUAUCUUACCCAAUUGGAGAUGUUAUUCAAUCGGUUGAUUUUGUUAACAUAGCUACAGCUCGUGUUUGGAUGAUUCGUAUCUUGGAAGGUAUUGAAGCGCUACAUAAAGUUGGGACGUUUCACGGAUAUAUUACGCCACAAACUGUCUUGCUAGCCAAGGAUUCUGAUUUUGGCACUACAAUACCUAAACUAGUGUACCCUCAUUAUGCAUACGAUCUUAUCAACAUGAUCUCUAAAUAUCCAAACAAACAUGGGUCACCUGUAGAUGAACCAUUUUUCACUUGGGAUCCUCCAGAAUUAACAAAAGCAAAAAAUUCAAAACCUCAAAGGAUGACGGAUAUCUGGUUAACUGGGGUACUUUUCAUACAAAUGAUAAAUGGUAUUGAUACAGUAAUAGAUUACUCAUCGCCGAAGGAAUUCUUGGGUGAGAAUAAUAUUGACACAUCUUUAUACGAUUUGUUUGAAAAGAUGUUAGAAAAUGAACCGAAAAGAAGAUUAGAUAUCCUAGAAUUACUUCCAAUGAAGUUUCUUAGGACAAAUAUUGACCCUGAUGUUAAAAAAUUCAAUCUCUUGAAAGAGAAUCCAACUGAAAUUUCGAUAUCACAAUCUUCGGAAGAUCAAUUAUUUGAAUCACGGAGACUGUCGCAUUCCAAUGUGAGAAGAAGAUCUUUUAAUGUUGGAUCACGAUUUUCUUCCGCCUACGCUCAUACCAAAUCAAGAUAUGCCACGGACUUUGAGGAAAUUGCAGUUUUGGGUAAAGGUGCAUUUGGUCAAGUUGUCAAGGCCCGGAAUACUCUUGAUAGUCGAUAUUAUGCUGUUAAGAAAGUAAGACACACAGAGGAAAAACUUUCGACAAUUCUGAGUGAAGUUAUGCUUCUAGCAAGUUUGAACCACCAAUAUGUUGUUAGAUAUUACGCAGCAUGGUUGGAAGAAGAUUCACCAAACAAUAGUGCAGUAGCAUCUAGUGAUGAAGAUGACGAAGAUGAUGAUAGUUUUUCUGAAGAAGGUACAGACAUCUCCGAAUUAGAGACUGAUGAUCUUUUUAACCAAUCGAAUAUUAUGAGAAACCGCAUAGAGAAUAUUGAUGAAGAUAAUAGUAAUUGGGAUUUUAUAUCUAACUCCGGAUACCCAGAUAUUGUAUUUUCCAAUAGUUCAAGUGAACAAAAUAAUACAACGGCGAAUCAAACAGAUGAUAGAGACAGUACACGCGACUCCGAGAGUGAAAGUGAAAGUGAGAGCGAGAGUGAUGACGAUGAAUAUUCUAUGAAUAUACACUUUGACAUGGCGCAUGAGCCGAUAAAGCAUGAGAUUAGUACUACAAAGAAGAAAAAGAAGAAGAAGAAAAGUACACUGUUUAUCCAAAUGGAAUAUUGCGAAAACCGUACAUUAUAUGAUUUAAUCCAUUCGGAUAAUUUAUCUAAACAACGGGAUGAGUAUUGGAGAUUAUUCCGUCAAAUACUGGAGGCAUUGAGUUAUAUUCAUUCCCAAGGUAUUAUUCAUAGAGAUUUAAAACCCAUGAAUAUUUUCAUCGAUGAAUCGAGAAAUGUUAAGAUUGGUGAUUUUGGGUUGGCUAAAAAUGUGCAUAAGUCAGCUGAUCUGUUGAAAAUGGAUUCUGCAAACGUUGCUGGUAGUACCGAUAAUCUAACAUCUGCCAUUGGUACAGCUUUGUAUGUGGCUACAGAAGUGUUAACUGGUAAAGGUAAUUAUAAUGAAAAAAUCGAUAUGUAUUCUCUGGGUAUUAUUUUCUUUGAAAUGGUGUAUUCUUUCAGUACAGGAAUGGAAAGGGUAAAUAUUUUGAAAGAUCUAAGACUUCCUGAAAUAAAAUUCCCAAGCGAGUUUGAUGGAAAUAAAAUGAAAAUAGAAGAGAAAAUAAUCAAAUUGUUACUGGACCAUGAUCCAAAUAAGAGACCAGGAGCAAGAAAAUUACUAAAUAGUGGUUGGUUGCCGGUCAAACAUCAAGAUGAGGCCUUGAAAGAAGCUUUGAAAAGUUUAGCAGACCCAUCAUCUCCAUGGCAACAGGAUGUACGUGAAAGUUUAUUUAAUCAACCUUACAGUUUAACCAAUGAUAUUUUGUUCGAUAGUGUUGAAAACUCUCAGACACCAUUUUCUCAAAUUUUGAGAUCUCAAAUGACAGAAGAAGUAGUGAAAAUUUUCAGAAAACACGGUGGUAUUGAAAAUAACUCACCAUCAAGAAUAUUUCCCAAGGGACCAACAUAUAUCGCUCAAAAUGUUUACGAAUUAUUAGACCAUGGUGGGAGCGUUCUGCAAUUACAGUACGAUCUAACAUACCCCAUGGCAAGAUAUCUCUCGAAGGUACCGAAUUGUGUCACAAAACAAUUUCGUUUGCAAUAUGUCUAUAGACCUCCUGCCCAAUCAAAGUCUAGUUUGGAACCAAGAAAAUUUGGGGAAAUUGACUUCGAUAUUAUCUCAAGUUCUAGUACCAAUUCAUCAUUUUAUGAUGCUGAAAGUAUCAAAAUCGUGGAUGAAAUUUUAACCGCAUUUCCUGUAUUUGAGAAGACUAACACAGUAUUUGUCUUGAAUCAUUUUGAUAUUUUGGAUUCUGUGUUUGAUUACUGUAAUAUAGAUAAAGCACAGAGAGCAUUGGUAUCUCGUAUGUUAUCCCAAGUUGGAUUUGCUAAGUCCUUCAAAGAAGUGAAGAGUGAACUGAAAGCACAAUUGAAUAUUUCAUCUACUUCGCUGAACGAUCUUGAACUUUUUGACUUCAAGUUGGAUUUUGAAGCUACUAAAAGAAGACUGGCUAAAAUUAUGGUUGAUAGUCCCUUUUUAAAGAAAAUUGAUGAUUCAUUAUCACACAUUUUGAAGACACUUAACUUUUUAAAACCAUUAGAGGUUUACCGAAACAUUGUAAUAUCACCGCUAAGUAGCUACAAUAAUUCUUUUUACAGAGGUGGCAUUAUGUUCCAGGCAAUAUAUGAUGAUGGUUCCAUCAGGAACUUAAUAGCAGCGGGUGGUCGUUAUGAUAAUCUGAUUUCCUUUUUUGCUAGGCCAUCAGGAGCGAAAACAUCGAAUGUGAAAAAAGCUGUUGGCUUUAAUCUAGCAUGGGAGACUAUAUUUGGUAUUGCACAAAGCUAUUUUAAAAUUGCACCUGGUAAUAAGCAUAAGAAGAGAAAUAAGUUUUUGAAAGAUACAGCUGUUGAAUGGAAGCCAAGUAGAUGUGAGGUUAUCAUCUCAAGUUUCUCUAAUUCAUUGCUUGAUACUAUCGGUGUUCCUAUUCUUAACAUGUUGUGGAAGCAAGGUAUUAAAACUGAUUUCCUACGUAACUGUUAUACCGUUGACGAUGUAAUAUCUGGCGCACAACAAGAUGGUGCCGAUUGGAUAAUUUUAAUUAAGCAACAAUCAUACACUAAUUCCAGCCACAAAAGAAAAUAUAAACCUCUCAAGAUACGGAAGUUGAAUAGUAAGUUAGAUAUUGAUGUUGACAUUGAAGAAUUUUUGCAACUGUAUAAUCAAGAAAAUGCAGAUAAGGAUUUAACAAAUGAUUCAGUACCGAUUGGUGAUAAAUUUGAAGAACAAAAUCAAUGGGAUGAUGGAAGUAGUGCAAGUGGUAGUCAAGAGGGUGAUUAUGAUGACAAAAAGAACGGAUCUGUUGUAUCGAAUAAAAAAAUCGUAUAUGUUCCGAAUAUGGCUAAUAGAUCAAAAAAGGCUAGCAAGAGGGAAAAGUGGGUUUAUGAAGAUAGUGCUAGGAAUGCAUCGCAAACUAUUAUUAAUAACUUAUCUAUGGCACCCGUCAUUGCUAUUGAUGCUCUACGUGAUGAGACAAUAGAGAUGAUAUCUAUAACUUCAUUAAAUCAAAAGGAAGAAUGGUUGAGAAGGGUGUUUGGUUCUGCUAAUAAUUCUGCCCCAAGAAGUUUCGCAACAAGUCUAUAUAAUGCCUUAUCAAAGGAGGCCUCUAAAGGUAGUAAAUGGGCUAUUCUUCACUGUCACAAGACAGGACAAUCAAGUGUAAUAGAUUUACAAAGAUAG